CGCCAGAUGAUCCUCCUCCAGCUUCCUCCUUUUGCUGUCACGAAGUUCGCCUCCCUCUCGCCUCCUCCUCCCACACGCGCCCGGCCCCCUCUAUUUGUUCCUCUUCUCCAUCCCCCCUCCGCCUCUGCCCGCGCGUGGGGUCCUGCCUUGUGCAGGCCGCCUCUGCCCUGCCCGGGCUCCCCUUUCCCCGGGCCGCCGCCUCGUCCUUGGGAUUGACUCAAGAUGCUGUCCCGCUCAGCUCUCGCUACCGCUCCCGCUCUCCGGGCUCUGCGCACCCCCGCCGUCUCGGCCCUGCCCCGCGCGCUCUACACCACCGAGCGCCCGGAGACUUGUGCCGCUGUCAUCCAUGGUGUUGAGAUCGCCCCCCCCAAGGCCACCCUCACGGCCAAGCUCUACCGCGAGCAGACCGAGAAGCACCUGAAGGAGUUCGGCCAGUACCUGGUCGACACCAUCCCCCGCUUCAUUCAGGGCACCUACAUGCACAACGGCCAGCUCACCAUCCUGACCGCCCCCGAGAACAUCACCAAGGUCUCCGAGUUCCUCCGCGAUCAUACUCCUGCCCAGUACAAGCAGCUGGCUGAUGUGACCGCCGUCGAUUUCCCGAUGCGCUCCAACCGCUUCGAGAUCGUCUACAACUUCCUCUCCCACCGCUUCAACUCUCGCAUCCGCGUCAAGACCUACGCCAGCGAGACCAGCACCGUUCCCUCCGUGACGCCGCUCUUCUUCGGCGCCAACUGGCAGGAGCGCGAGGUUUGGGACCUGUUCGGUGUCUACUUCACCGACCACCCCGACCUGCGCCGCAUCAUGACCGACUACGGUUUCGAGGGCCACCCCCUGCGCAAGGACUUCCCCCUGUCCGGUUACUAUGAGAUCCGCUACGACGACGAGCAGAAGUGCAUCGUCCAGGAGCCGGUUGAGCUGACCCAGGAGUACCGCAAGUUCGACUUCCACUCCCCGUGGGAGGCCCUCCAGGGCAGCCGCAAGACCCCGAACCAGAACUAAGGUUGGGCAGGCUUCCACAUUCUCACACACACAUACAUACAUAUAUAAAAUAUAUAUAUGCACAUUCAUACACACACACACGCACACGUGUACGCGGGCCCUCGCAUCCGGCCAUGCCUUGCUGGCUGGCGCUAUGUUCUCGCGGCGUCCCCCCCCCCCCUCCC